AAUAAAUCCAAAUUCACUGGAAUGGGUUUAAGGUCGGAUUCAUGUUUGGAUUUACCUUUUUGUAUUUGAUCUGCUAUUGGUCAACAUCAUGAUUUUUAUAUUUCACUGACAAUGUCGUCUUUUGGGGACAGUUUUGAGGUUUAUUUACAAUUAUUAUUGCAAUUAGUCAUUCAACGUGCAAAUGGAAAGUUAGGGGAUAUAACAAUGCUGAAGAAUUGCUUCCAUUUCUUUCAUAUUUUAUGAUAUUGUGCCUUUGUCGUGUAAUGGGGAAGUCCAUAUGGAGUUUGGGUAUUUUGAUUAUCGUUAUUUGUUCAUGCCAUGCCAUCGUUCUGGACUCUCUUUAUUGGAAUACCUCUAAUACAAAAUUUACUCCAGGCCAGGGUCUGGUCCUCUACCCCCAGAUUGGGGACAAGAUGGACAUUGUGUGCCCCCGGGCGAGGGUUGGGGGUGUUGGGGGGACGGGCGAGUACCAUCGGGUGUACCUGGUGACCCGCAGUCAGCUGGAGAGAUGCAGCAUUGACAAAUCAGACACACCACUGCUCAACUGCGACAAGCCCAACAGAGAUGUCAAGUUCACCUUCAAGUUCCAGGAGUUCAGCCCUAACCUCUGGGGUCUGGAAUUCCUCCGGGGAAGAGACUAUUACAUCACAUCUACAUCCACUGGGUCGUUGCAUGGACUGGAUAACACUAAUGGAGGGGUAUGCAGAGCCAAAUCCAUGAAGCUGGUCCUGAGGGUGGGCCAAAGUCCAUCUGACCCACCAUCAACCCCACAGGAAUCUCCUACCAGAUACCCCCCCAAAAAACCCAAGUCUGGUAGCCAGGGCCCCUCCACAAAAAAAAAUGAUGCAGUGAGCAAAAACAACGGCCCAACAGACGGGGCAGCGGAGACAACUGAGACAAAAGGUGGAGACUCACCACACUCUGUUGGCUCGGACACGGUAGUGUUCAUGGGUGUCGUCUGGGGCGGGGGGAUCAUUAUUACUGUCAUCGUUGUGGUUCUUCUGGUCCUGCUGUGGAGGCGCCAGCGGCGACACUGCAUCCCUGAAGGCCAGCAGUCGGCCUCCAUGUCCCUCAACACCCUGGCGAUGCCCAAGCGGGGCAGCGGUGACAGCAGCGACCACGACUCAGACCCCAGUGACAUUGUGUUCCCGCUGCGGCCAUCUGAGAGCAUGUUCUGCCGUCACUACGAGCGUGUGAGCGGUGACUAUGGACCACCUGUCUACAUCGUGCAGGAAAUACCCCCCCAGAGUCCUACAAACAUCUACUACAAGGUCUGAGUGGCCUGGGCAGGACUUCCUGUCAGUGGGCGGGGUCAGUGUAUAAGGAGGGAGGGGGGGGAGCCUCUGAUCCAGGUGCAUCCGCUAAAUACGGAUUGUUAGACCAUAAUUGAACAAAGAACAUUAAAGGGAAAAAGAGAAUAUGUGGAAAAGGAUCUCUACUGAGCACCUAAGGGAAAGAACUCGUUCUCUGUUGGUACUAUGUGGUGUGUGCUGUUGUUGGUAAGACUUGAUUGUAUCUGACUGGACUUCAUUGGUUUCUUCAUUACCUUUAUGAGAGGGUUCCUCACAGGUCAGUGCAGGUGGAGCCCCUGGGAGUAGGUCUGGUCGAUAGAAAGGAUAUCAUCUCAGAGAGCUAGUAAAUCAUCUGGGCUCCACUUUUAUUUCCUGUGAGGGAUGUUUUAGAAACUCUGUACAAGAGCAACUUCACCUCUGAUGUACUACUGGACUGUAGUUUAUCUAUUCUAUGUUUGGCUUUAGCUUUCUGAUCAAAUGUUUGCUGUGUUAAGCCAACGUUUGCCACCUCUCAAUGCUGCUAAUGUGGGACUUUUAUUUGUGGUUGAAGUUAUGUAUUUUUUGGGCAACAGUCAUACACCCAGUCAGAAGAGCACAAUGAAGUUUGAGGGAAAUAAGCCUAUAUUUUCACUUAGGAAAAUUUGAAUGUUUCUUCUUUUCUUGUCAUGUGGGUGUGACGUAAUGCCAGAAUUUUACCUUUUGUGGAGUCAAAAGUAAAAUUGUUUUCAUUCUGACUCAGGAUACACUUUUUCCACAUGUGAAUCAUGAAUUACCCUAUCGUGAACACCUUGGUCUGACAGAACAGUUGUUUUAUCCUUUUCCUUCUCAAAUUCAUAGAUAUUUGCACUUCAGGUUUACCUGACCACUGUAACGUUUUUUUUUUACAAGAUCAAUCAUUCACACAACUUUAUCGGUAGCACUAGGUCCAUAGACACAAGUUGACCAAGAACAUAGAAGGAGUUGAACAGAUGAGCUGGUUUCUAAAUAGCUUGUAUGCAUCAUAAACUUCAGCACCCACCAGUAAAAGAAACGAAUAAUUAAAGCAUGUGUUUUUUCUCUCUCUCAGUGACAGUACGACAGUCCAUUACCCCUCUAAUGGAACACUUGGGACAUUAAGAUGAUACAGACUAUCAUUCUAUCUCGUGUGCACAGUACCAGAACCAACGUCUCGUAGGUUUUACUAUCCUGAAUAUCCAACCUAAAUGGACAGCAGGACAGCAGCCACAGCUAUGUAUGUAUCUCUUUCUACAGCUAGAUGUAGAAAAGAAAUGCUUCUCAUAAAGGACUACUUGAAAACAUGUCUUCAUGUUUUUGUGCUACAGCGGUACAUGUACAAAGGCGUGCUCAUAAUCUGUACUGAAUGUGUAUGUAUAUCUGCAAAACUAUUUACGUUGAUUACCUCCUCUGCUUUGUAUUAAGGCAACUGGGAACAAAAGCAACAGACUGAACACAAUUACCUCGACCAAUGACUUUUAUUUUUUCUAUGACUCACGUUAUUUGGUCAAAUGUGACAAAAUAGAACGGUUCUGAUAUUUUAAGUAGAAAAAGGCAGUAUGGUCUCACAUGUCUUUGAUGCUGUUCAGUGCUCACAAGAUGUGGCAGCCCUGUGGUAUCGAGCCUAGAGGUUUCUCUUGUGGUACCAAACCUGGCAACCAUGUGCAAGCACGUUUCAUGCUCCUCCAGCCACAUCAUGCCUCACAUUUUCAACCUGUCAGCUUCCAUGAGGUAGCUCCACUAGGGAAACUUGUCUUCAAAGUUCUUAUAGAAGGAGAAUGUUGGUUUC